AGCGUGAAACACUUGUCUGCCUGCUAUAGAAAAAGGGCGGUACAGGUUUCAGUAUUUACACGCAUCAACCAGUCAAGGCAAAUAUUUAAAUAGUAGGUUAACGGUUAAUUAGUUAGGUAAGCAAUUCGAAAGUGGCCUGGCUGUGAGAAUUUGAUACACGGACAGGUAACUCAAGCAUCGCAGAUUUUCUGUUUCCAGUCCAUAUAUAAAUAUUAAUCGGCAGUCAUCAGUCACCACAAAACCUGACAUAUUCUGGGUUGGACACCGGCGCGGGCAAGAUCAUCAAAGCGGAUUAAUAUGUCACUCACUUCUAUCCUUUCCGCGGAGGCUAUUGAGAAUGCCGUCAAGGAGUGCCAAGCCCCAGACUCCUUCAGCUUUAAGAAGUUUUCCCAGCUGUGUGGCCUGACCUCCAAAUCUCCCAAAGAAGUCAAAGAUGUCUUCCAGAUCCUUGACGAGGACAACAGUGGCUUCCUCGAGGAGUCAGAGCUCAAGUUCUUCCUGCAACGGUUUGUCCCCGGGGCGCGGACGCUGACGGACGCUGAGUGCAAAGGCUUCCUGUCUGCAGCUGAUGAUGACAACGAUGGCAAAAUCGGAGUAGAAGAAUUCCUGAUCAUGGUCCAGUCCUGAGAGUUCCAUGGGAGCUGGGAGAGCAGCAGGUGUUCAUUCUCCUCUCCUUCCUCCAGCCUCAGCCUCCAACUUCCAGACUGUAGUCAACUUCCUCAAGCCUACAGCAGCCUCCAUUCCCAGGAAUAUGUUUUUCUUUGUCCUUGUGCUUGAAUUGUGCCCUUAAAUUGUUUUUUUCUUUUCUUUCAGAGCCCCUCUCUUAUUCAUCCAUGAAACCAUUUUUACUUGCCCUUUGAUUACGUUCUAGGAGGUUGUAUAGCUGCAUCGCCCCAUAUUUCCUUCCAAUGCACACUACAUUGUCGAUCAAAAAGAUGAAUAAACACAUUGUAACUUA